AUGAAGUUCACUGGAAUUGCUGCUUCUCUCGCUCUCGCUAGCACUGUCUCGGCCGCUGCCAUCCCGGCUGUCGAGACCACUGUCCAGUCCACCCUCACUCAGCUGACGGGUGUUCUUGGAAAGGUCGACAACGUCGCUGAUGGCCUUGUUAGCUGUGCCAGCACCGAUCUCACUGGCCUGAAGAACGAACUUUCCAGCAUCGAGGACAAGCUCACCCAGCUGCUUCCUUCCAGCAAGCGCGACCUCACCAACACCGUCGGAGGCGUCACUACCCCUGUGGUUGGAAUCGCUGGCGGAGCCGCCGGCACUGUUGGAGCUGCUGCUAGCGGAGCAGUGAACACCGUUGGAAAUGUCGUUGGCGGAGCCGUCAACACUGUCAAGGGUGUCGCUUCGCCCGUGGUUGAAACCGCUGGUGACGCUGUCAACACUGUCGAGAAUGCCGCCGCCCCCGUUGUCAACACUGUUGAGGGUGUCGCUUCUCCCGUUGUUGGCACCGUUGAAGGUGUCGCAUCGCCCGUGGUCAACGCGGCUGGUGGAGCCGUCGGCACUGUCAAGGGCACAGUCGGAGGUGUUGUCAAUGGCGCAGUUAGCGGUGGUGUUGGCACCAGUGGCGGUGUCGGUGCCAGUGUCGGCGUGAAGCGUGACGGCGAUGACCUUGCCGGCCUUUCCCAGACUAUCGUCGCCAGAAUCCAGAGCGGUGACCUGACCGCCACCGGCCUUGACAACAUCCUGGGCCUCCUCGUUCAGGACGGUCUUUCCGGCCUUCAGUCCGUCCUUGCUCUUCUGUAAGAGAUGAUGCAUUUUAACGCUUAUACCCACAACAUCUUGCUCAACGCCUAGAGACGUGUCAUGGAAGCCUUCGACUGGGAAACCUUAACGAAGUCAUGACUCGGUGGGAGGCCCAUGCUGUUGUACAUUCAAGGAUCUCUUCUUUGGCCUAGGAGAGCAGCCUCGGGAAACCGUGUGCAGUAUAUAGUACUUU